AUGACGUCGCCGGAGGCGGCCGCCGACAGCGACCCCUUGGUGAACUUCCGCGGCCGGCCGCGACAACAGGUCUACCCGGCGCCUGCCGAAAUCGGACUGAGUCCCGCCGGAGCGAGGCGCCUCUCCGAGCCCCUGGCGGCCCCGGAGCCGGGUCAAGGACAUGAGCCGGGACCGGGCCAGAGCCGGGCUACACCGGUUGUCCCCUGGUCGGCGCCCGCCGCCCGGGUGCCUCCCCGUGCCCGGCGACCCCGGAGCUGGGAGGUCUUCGGCCCUCGGCCCGAGUCCGGGGGGCCGCGGCGGCUCGGCGCCGAGGCGCCCGGGGCCGGCACGAAGCCGCCGGCCCUCGGCCCUCGCGCGCACACAGGGAGAGACAGACGCGGCGACACGCACGCACCCCCACUCCACACGAUGGCGCCCCGACGCCGCCCCUUCAGGCCCCCCCCCACCGCCGCGCAUACCGACCCACGCGGGGAACCGUCCCCCGCCCGCCACGCCCGGACGCGCGCAUCCUCUGGCGUCCCCUCUUUCCCCGUCCCCGUGCCCCUGCCGCUGCCCCUGCCCCUGCCCCUGCCCUCUCUUUCGCGGCCGCCUCCGCCCAUCGACGGUUGGGGGCGCCCCGUCCUUCCCCAUCAGACUCCCAGGCGCCAACUUCAGACCAUUCCCGACCCCGCCCAGGCUGCCAACCGCCAGCUGGCACAGCGGCGGCGGCGGCAGGGCGGGGAGCCGGCCGACACCGAGGCACGCCGUCCCUUCUCCGAGAAGCUUCCCGUUCGGCUCUCGUCGAGCCUUGCGGUUCGACGGCCCGCCUGCCGUCCCUCCUUCCUUCCUUGCCGCCCGGCCCCCGGCCCCGGCCGAGACGGCGGCGGGGCGAGCGGCCGAAGGGGUCGAGCGAGGCAGAAAUCGAGGCGGGAGCCGGGCCGCCGGCACGGUUCGGGCACGGAGGCGUCGGGCGUGCCGCCGACUCCUAAAGACUCUCUCCUUCCCUCUCGGGGAGCGCUAGGGGCAGCGGGCUGCCGGCAGCAGGCCGGCAGGGGCAGGCAGGCGCCCGGCUGUAGCGACGGUCGGCCUCCGUCACGUCACGGUUUCCGAGGGAGAAGGAGGGCGUGGGAGCGGACAAGCGGGCCCCCCGGAGCGGGCCGACCGCGAGACGCCGGCAGGCCCGGCCCGGGCCACGGGCCCGGGCGUCCCGUGGCGGGCGUUCGGUCUGCCCGGCGCUCGGCGCCCAGGGGCCGAGGCCGGCCCGGGACAACAGGUCUACCCCGUACCGUCCACCGGCUAAGUCCCGCCGGGACAAGAGGUCUACCCCGUGGUGCCGUCCAGCGGCUAAGUGCCGCCGGGACAACAGGUCUACCCCGUGCUGCCGUCCAGCGGCUAAGUCCCGCCCGGACAACAGGUCUACCCCGUGGUGCCGUCCAGCGGCGAAGUGCCGCCGAGACAACAGGUCUACCCCGUGGUGCCGUCCAGCGGCUAAGUGCCGCCCGGACAACAGGUCUACCCCGUCCCCUCCAGAGGCUAAGUCCCGCCCGGACAACAGGUCUACCCCGUGGUGCCGUCCAGCGGCUAAGUGCCGCCGAGACAACAGGUCUACCCCGUGGUGCCGUCCAGCGGCUAAGUGCCGCCCGGACAACAGGUCUACCCCGUCCCCUCCAGAGGCUAAGUCCCGCCCGGGACAACAGGUCUACCCCGUGGUGCCGUCCAGCGGCUAAGUCCCGCCCGGACAACAGGUCUACCUCGUGGUGCCGUCCAGCGGCUAAGUGCCGCCGGGACAACAGGUCUACCCCGUGGUGCCGUCCAGCGGCUAAGUGCCGCCGGGACAACAGGUCUACCCCGUGGUGCCGUCCAGCGGCUAAGUGCCGCCCGGACAACAGGUCUACCCCGUGGUGCCGUCCAGCGGCUAAGUGCCGCCGGGACAACAGGUCUACCCCGUGGUGCCGUCCAGCGGCUAAGUGCCGCCGGGACAACAGGUCUACCCCGUGGUGGCGUCCAGCGGCUAAGUGCCGCCGGGACAACAGGUCUACCCCGUGGUGCCGUCCAGCGGCGAAGUGCCGCCGAGACAACAGGUCUACCCCGUGGUGCCGUCCAGCGGCUAAGUGCCGCCCGGACAACAGGUCUACCCCGUCCCCUCCAGAGGCUAAGUCCCGCCCGGACAACAGGUCUACCCCGUGGUGCCGUCCAGCGGCGAAGUGCCGCCGAGACAACAGGUCUACCCCGUGGUGCCGUCCAGCGGCUAAGUGCCGCCCGGACAACAGGUCUACCCCGUCCCCUCCAGAGGCUAAGUCCCGCCCGGGACAACAGGUCUACCUCGUGGUGCCGUCCAGCGGCUAAGUGCCGCCCGGACAACAGGUCUACCCCGUGGUGCCGUCCAGCGGCUAAGUGCCGCCGGGACAACAGGUCUACCCCGUGGUGCCGUCCAGCGGCUAAGUGCCGCCCGGACAACAGGUCUACCCCGUGGUGCCGUCCAGCGGCUAAGUGCCGCCGGGACAACAGGUCUACCCCGUGGUGCCGUCCAGCGGCUAAGUGCCGCCGAGACAACAGGUCUACCCCGUGGUGCCGUCCAGCGGCUAAGUGCCGCCGGGACAACAGGUCUACCCCGUGGUGCCGUCCAGCGGCUAAGUGCCGCCGGGACAACAGGUCUACCCCGUGGUGCCGUCCAGCGGCUAAGUGCCGCCGGGACAACAGGUCUACCCCAGGGCCGGACGCCCGGCCGAGGGGCGGAGAAGGAAGGCCCGCUCCGUCCCUCACCGGCCCGAGGAGACCCGGUGCACCCGGCACCCGCCAGCACGGACGGGAGGGCUCGGCCCGGGCCGGCAGGAGCAGCCGCGCGGGC